UACGAGGGCCAUAAUAGUAGUGAAAAAACGCUGCGAUAGAGCCUUCGAAACUCGGGGAAAAUAGGCAUGGCGGAGACCUCCAUCCACCGCAAACCCUCCGGCGAUCGGCCGAAUCGCACCGACAAAACAAACCCACCUCCACCUCCUCCUUUGAGCCCUAGGGAUCUCAUCAGCGCCUUGCCGGACGCGGUGAUCCACCGCAUCUUCUCUUUUCUGCCCCUCCAAGAUGUCGUCAGGACCAGCGUCCUCUCCAAGCGCUGGCGGCCCACUUGGACCACCGCCACCGACCUGGUCUUCGAUGAAGAGAUUGUAGCCCGGCGUCGCAGUACCCUGGACUUCUCGUCCCUCAUCGACAGCGUCCUGAUACAGUGCAUCUCCCCCACGGUGAAGAGGUUCCACGUCACUGGCUUCAAGUACGAGAAGGCCCACCGCCCCAAGUUCGACCUCUGGCUACGCUUCGCAGAGGGGCGCCGAGUGGAGGAGCUCAGCCUGCGGCUGUUGCCGACUACUGAGCCGCCGACGCUUUAUAUACUGCCGCGGUUCUUGUAUUGCUGGAGUUGGUUGGUGCGCCUUGAAGUCUGGACGUGCUGUUUCUCGUUGGGUAGGACUAUUAGGUGGCCUUGUCUUAAGAUCUUGGUGAUCGCAAUUUCAAGGUUGAGCGAUGAUAUCCUCGAGGGAAUUUUCAGGGGAUGCCCUGUUCUAGAGUCCCUUGAAUUGUGGGGUUGUUGGGGCGUGAAGAACAUUAUGAUAGAUUCGACAAGUGUGAAAGAGUUGGUACUUCGUAACUUAAGCGACUCUAGCAUUCAGAAAAUUUGGGCCCCGCAUUUGCUGUCGCUGCAAAUAUCAGGGGAUUGGCAACCUCAUGCCAUGUUAAGACUUAGCGAUGUAUCUUCUUUGGUGGAAGCCAAGUUAGAUUUUUCGAUUCGAGUUCUUACCGAUUUGCCUAGUGAUGAGAUGAUGUGCAGCCACAUGUUGAAGGAAACCUUUCAGAAGCUGUGCGGAGUUACUACAAUCACCAUUGGGGCUUGGUGUUUUCAGGUACAAGCUCGAUAUUUUUUACCAUUUUAUAAGACGUACUCGUGUUGAAUCGUGUAUGUGAUUAGCACUUAUUUAGUGGUUUUUGUUGUGCUGGUCGAGUAACCUCA